ACGUAAUCUUGCUCCUUGUGCUUUUCACCUCCCGUCUCUGCCUCCGUCUCCGUCUUCGUCACCCUGCAACACUUACAUACGCCUCCCAUCACAAUUCGUCUGCCUUUCGACGCGACUGCCCUCAAACUGCUGCCUACGCGAUACUUUUCAGUAUUAAACUCGACUCUACCUCGAUUCCUUACGGCGCAGUCCUCUAAUCAAUUCAUAACUCAAUCAUCAUGGAGCUCUCUGACAUCUUCCGCAUUGUCAACUUGGCUGUUGGUGUUAUUACCGUCCUCGGUGGUAUCGCGUCCAUCUUCCAUCUCGGCCUUCAACCCAUUGUUGUCGGCGCUUACAUGAUCGUCUUCGGUCUCGUCAUUGCUCUGCUCGAGUUUCAGAUCCCUCCCCAGGUCUCCCGACAUGCCUCGUUCAUGUUCUCCUUCAUCGGCCGUGGUGUCUUCUACGUCUUCAUUGGCUGCCUUCUAUUGGGCAACUUCAUUCUUAGCAAGAUCGCCGGUAGCAUCAUCGGCAUUGUCGGUCUAGGCUACAUCGCCCUCGAGUUCGUCCCCUCCAUCGAGCCCCCCAGCAACAUGCGCGAGGCCGAAGAUGCCGGUUGGGGCGCCGAGCAGGUUUAGAAUGCCGACGCCUACCAUCCGGGAUCAACCCCUGCGGUUGCCUCUCCAAACACAGGCGCAUAAGCUUUCGCGAUGCCCAUUCGAUCAUGAUACGAAUGACAGCGUAAUCGCGCAACAAACGCGGUGAACCAGGACGUAUAGGAUAAAUUACUUGAAAGAACAACGCUACAAGAGGGGGAGUAGAAAGGGCUGUAUUUCUAUGAAUUGCAGACGGGAGGAGAGAAUGGAGAGAAAGAGGCGGCUCGUUUCAAUAGGAUUGAAGACGAAGUUCACGAGAAUCAGUUUAUAACGAUUUGAAGAGGUGAACCAUUAGCAAAGAGACAUUAUUAUAGGGACGUCGGGAUCGAAUAUUCUAUUGUCUAGUAUACCUGAUGCACCCUCAUGCCAUGAAAUCAAACGCCAUUAUUUCAACAUCCACAAAUAUACUAUUUUAUGCUUCUCAUGUCCUUGGACUCCUCAGGAAACUAACUACACCACUGCAGUAUCCAACCAGUCCG